AUGGAUCCCUAUCCAGGAUUGAGAAAUGCUAAAGUUGAUUUCAAUAUGCCAUUUUUAAGAUGUAUUGACUGUGAUCUGAUAUUGUUUGCUGUUAUGCGACUACUAAUCAAGUAUGCUUACACUACUAAGUGUGAUUAUGGGAAGUUUACUAUUAGUUAUGUCUUGAAAAUACCUACAGGAGAGGUUCCCUUUGCAAUUAGUAAUGCUUUUACUUUUAGAGAGGAUGGGAAAGAUUUGUCAGUCUAUGCUUUGAUUGAUCAACUUGUCAGGAAGAAAGCAGAGGAUUACAAGGAUGCAAAGAUAUCUCGCAUUAAUAUUAGAAUCUAUCUUUCUGAAAUGAAGGCUGGUGUGACGCCAAUUAUCUCCGAUGACAAGAUUGCUAGCAAGCUCUGGGAAUGCAUCGAAAACAAGGUGGUCGUUGAACCUAAAAAAGCGAGAACGAUAGGAUAUCUGGUUAGACCAGGUGAUGAUCUGUCCUCAGCAGAGAAGGGCAUUGAGACAUAUUUCAGUGAGGAUUACCCGGAUUUUGUCUUCAAAACCUUUGAAGAAAGGAGCAAUAAGAUGUUGUUCGACUUUAUAGAACGUCUAGCUGUUGUUGUUAGACACAAUCCAUCGAUUCUAACGGUCUACUUACACAACCUCUCCCGAUUUGAUGGCAUUCUCUUAUUGAAAUAUUAUGCUUCUCGUGGAGAUAAGUACGCCAUCAAACCUCUUAUGAGGAACCAUAGGCUAUACCAGAUAGCUGUCUAUCUUGGUAAGAAGCGACUAUUCCUUCUAAGGGAUUCCUUAACACUGCUCACGAGUAGUCCUGAUAACUUAGCCAAAAAUCUCUCUCCUCAAUUAGGAUCAAAAGGAACCAUCCAACAUGACGAAGUGCAAGUCUCGAAUCUAAUCCCUCUCCAGCAUCAAUUGUUAGUGUAUAUGAAACAGGACAUCCUUCUACUAGGUGGUGUGAUGCUGAAGGCUUUAGAGAUUUAUUGGACUAUAUGCAAUGUAGAUAUCGUGACUAAAUUGACCUUGUCUUCGCUAGCUCUCACUAUCUUUCGUACGAACUAUUACGUUCAAAACAACUGGUCUAUUUAUAUCCCAAAUCGGAACGAAGACACUUUCAUUCGUCGUGGUUACUAUGGUGGCCAUUCUGAUGCUUAUAUACCUUGCGGUGAUAAUCUAUACUAUUACGACGUGAACUCCUUAUAUCCCUAUAUUAUGAAGUCCUAUACAAUGCCUAGGGGUGAGACUGUCUGGCAUGGUAAGUUAGAAGGUCAGGAUUUAGACAACUUGUUUGGCUUUAUUGAGGCCUACGUUGUAUGUCCUCGUACUAUCUCUCCACCAUUCCUACCCUAUCGGGAUGAAAAGAAUCAAACUCUACUCUUCCCAAUCGGAAAGUUCGUGGACGUGUAUUAUAGCGAAGAGUUAAAGUAUGCACGCGACAUAGGCUACCAGAGCAUUCCUCUUUCAAGCUACUUGUUUGAAAAGAAGAAUAGCAUCCCUUUCAAAAGCUUUGUUUUCGACAUAUUCGAUAGAAGACAAGAAGCUAAGAGAGCAGGUAAUGACACAAUGUCCUAUGUUUAUAAGAUACUCAUGAACUCGCUAUACGGUAGAUUUGGUAUUAACCCUAAAAGCACUGUAACUGAGAUCUACGAUUAUGAUCGAUAUAACUAUUUGAUAAAGAAAAGUGAUUUAAUCUUAGGGGACAAGCUGAGCGAGCAUUACUAUAUAGUAAGUUACUUAAGGAAUAUAGAACAUGUUGACGACACAGACUGGAAUCCUCCUAAGAUAGCGGUUGUUCAAUUGUCCGCUGCUAUUACAGCUUGUGCUCGUAUUUAUAUGUACAUAUACAUUUCCAGACCUGACUGUUACUACACUGAUACGGACUCUGUCGUUCUUGGCGGUCCUCUUCCUGAAGAAGAGAUUUCUUCAACUGUAUUAGGUAAGUUUAAGUUAGAAAACUAUAUAAAGAAAGGCAUCUUCUUAGCACCAAAGAGUUAUUCAUUUUUGACUCAAGAAGACAAAGGAAUCAUUAAGCACAAGGGUCAUGCAAAAUCAUUGGUCGAUAAUGAAUGGUUUGAGUCACUAUACGUUGAUAUAUCUAGAACAAAGCUAACCUCUGUGGAAUCUAAUUUCAACAUUGAUUGGAAAAGACUGAACAUCUCCAAAAAGGAAACACUAGUGAACCUUGGAAUCAGAAUUGGUAACAAGAGGGAACCUGUGUAUGAUAAUAAUCUUUGGGUGGACACUGUACCAUUGGAUGUUACAAACUUCAUUGGUCAAGAAAAUAGGAUACGAGCAUAUGAAGUGAUGCGUCUUUAG